CCGGAAGAGGUGGCCAGGCCCGUCAGUCCCGGAGGUGGUUUAGUGGACCCGGGUCCUCUCUGGGCCGGCUGCUGAGGGGGCCCGGCCUACGAGGGCGUCGAGGCCGCGGUGCAGCCCUCUGGAGCCCUCAGAUUCACCUAUAAGAUUAUUCUGCUGCCAUCAUGUCUUGGUUGGUUGAUCUUGCUGGAAAGGCGGAAGAUCUGUUAAACCGCGUUGACCAAGGGGCUGCAACAGCUCUCAGUAGAAGAGAGAACACCACCAGCAAAAUUGCUGACUAUCCUGAACUGCAUCAGCAAAAUACAGAUUUGACAUAUCAGACUGGACCUAAAGCCUCUUACAUUUCCUCAGCAGCUGAAAACAUUCGAAAUCAAAAAGCCACCAUCUUAGCUGGCACUGCAAAUGUGAAAGUAGGAUCUAGGACACCCGGGGAGGCUUCCCAUCCUGUUGAAAACGCAUCUGUUCCAAGGCCUUCAUCCCACUUUGUUCGGAGGAAAAAGUCAGAACCUGAUGAUGAGCUGCUGUUUGAUUUUCUUAAUAGUUCACAGAAGGAGCCCACUGGGAAGGUGGAGCUCAAGAAAGAAAAGGGCAAAGCCCCUGUCUUUCCAAGUUCUCGGACAUCAAAUAUCAGUUCUGUGAACACCGGUGUCACCACUGUCAAAGCCAAUGAAGAAAAUUCUGGAAGCCAAAGCCAUGACAAUAAUUCAGAUCCUAACCCUGGAGCCCAAGAGGAUUCUUCAAAGGAAAACACAUCUUCUGAUGCUGCUAUUCACACUGAUCACAACCCAGCACCCAGCGACAAUGGCAAAUCACAUGAACUGUCUAAUCUCCGGCUGGAGAAUCAGCUGCUGAGGAAUGAAGUUCAGUCUUUAAAUCAGGAAAUGGCCUCAUUACUUCAAAGAUCCAAAGAAACUCAAGAAGAAUUAAACAAAGCAAGAGCAAGAGUUGAAAAAUGGAAUGUUGACCAUUCAAAGAGCGACCGAAUAACUCGAGAACUCCGGGCUCAAGUCGAUGACCUGACGGAAGCAAUGGCUGCAAAGGACUCCCAGCUGGCCGUCCUGAAAGUGAGACUCCAGGAGGCUGACCAGCUGCUCAGUACUCGCACAGAAGCACUAGAAGUCCUACAGAGUGAGAAGUCACGAAUAAUGCAGGAUCACAAUGAAGGAAGUAGCCUACAGAAUCAAGCUCUGCAAACUCUUCAGGAGAGACUGCAUGAAGCAGAUGCCACUUUAAAGAGAGAGCAAGAAAGCUACAAACAGAUGCAGAAUGAGUUUGCUGCACGCCUUAAUAAAAUGGAAAUGGAACGGCAGAACCUGGCAGAAGCAGUUACUCUGGCAGAAAGAAAAUACUCCGACGAGAAGAAGAGAGUUGAUGAACUGCAGCAGCAAGUCAAGCUACACAAAUUGAACUGGGAGUCUUCUAAGCAGGAAUUAAUUGACUACAAGCAGAAGGCCACUAGAAUACUCCAAUCUAAAGAAAAAUUGAUUAACAGCUUAAAGGAAGGCUCUGGUUUUGAAGGCUUAGAUAGCAGCACUGCUAAUAGCAUGGAGCUAGAAGAACUUCGCCAUGAGAAGGACAUGCAGAGGGAAGAAAUACAGAAGCUGAUGGGCCAGAUACAUCAGCUCAGGUCUGAGCUACAGGAUAUGGAGGCUCAGCAGGUUAGUGAAGCAGAAUCGGCAAGAGAACAGUUACAAGAUCUGCAAGACCAGAUAGCCGGGCAGAAAGCCUCUAAGCAAGAGCUAGAGACGGAAUUGGACCGCCUGAAGCAGGAAUUCCACUAUGUAGAAGAUGAUCUGUAUCGAACAAAGAACACAUUGCAAAGCAGAAUUAAAGAUCGAGAGGAAGAAAUUCAAAAACUCAGGAAUCAGCUCACCAACAAAACACUAAGUAACAGCAGUCAGUCAGAGCUGGAAAGCCGGCUGCAUCAGCUGACAGAGACCCUCAUCCAGAAGCAGACCAUGCUGGAGAGCCUGAGCACGGAGAAGAACUCGCUGGUCUUCCAGCUGGAGCGCCUCGAGCAGCAGAUGAGCUCUGCGUGUGCGAGCACCAGCAACGGGUCCUCGAUUAACAUGUCUGCAGUUGACAGUGGCGAAGGCACACGUCUGCGAAAUGUUCCUGUUCUUUUUAAUGACUCAGAAACUAAUCUGGCAGGAAUGUAUGGAAAAGUUCGCAAAGCUGCAAGUUCCAUUGACCAGUUUAGUAUUCGUCUGGGAAUUUUUCUCCGAAGAUAUCCCAUAGCACGAGUGUUUGUAAUUAUAUAUAUGGCUUUGCUUCACCUCUGGGUCAUGAUCGUUCUGUUGACUUAUUCACCAGAAAUGCACCACGAUCAGCCAUACAGCAAAUGAACUGAACCAGUUGUUUCAGUGAUUGGUUGUCUUUUUUGGACCUGGGAUCUGCAAAAAGGCCAUUUUCCUAGAACUGCUAAGAAGGGUGCACAGGAUUAUUUUAUCACUACAAGCUUUUAACUUUUUAAGUUAUUGUAUAAGUUCUCUGCUACCUAAAUCUUCCUCUUACUUCCUUCAGAUGGUAGGAGUUUCUAAAACAAACAAUAAUUUAACAAGCCCAGCUCUGCUUUUUUCUGAGUUCAGUGGUCCUAAUAUAUAUAAAGAGGUACAGGAGUUGUUCACUUCUGUACAGAUGUUCCUGUAUUAGGUGACACUGAUUAUGGAUUAUAAUCAGGGAAACUAAUUGUAUUAGUGGUAAAAAAAUAAAAAGUUUUCUUUUUUGAUAAUUCAGUCUGCUUUUGUAUUUUCCUAUAUUUAACUUUGUGAAUGGAGAUUUACUUUUUACAUGUUAAAGGCUAGACUGGUGUAAAUCUUUCUUGUAUAAUACAUAAAUAAAAUUGACCGUUCGUUUUUCUUUUUUAAA